AUUGAUUCCGUUAGUCAACCAUCUUAUCGGCCUUAUCUCUCUCGGCAAUUGGAACCUCAUGAUGCAGCCAUCCACUGCCUUCUUUCUCUUCUCUUCUUCUUUUUUUCUCCCCGCAAUUCCAGUCCCUUUCAAUGCAUCGUUAUUCCAUCUGUUGGACUCACUGAUUCUUAUAUAAAUAUUAUAUUCCUGUAUCGCGGGGUGUCGUUGGAGGAUGCAUCUAAUCCCCAAAGAGCUGGACAAGCUCACCAUCUCCCACUUGGGAUUCCUGGCGCAACGUCGUCUCGCUCGUGGUGUGCGACUCAAUCAUGCAGAGACUGUAGCUUUGAUCGCCUCCAACUUGCAAGAGCUUAUCCGCGAUGGUAACCAUUCCGUGGCCGACCUCAUGUCCAUCGGCAAAACCAUGCUCGGCCGUCGCCAUGUCUUGCCCUCCGUCACGGCCACCCUCUCCGAAAUACAGGUCGAAGGAACCUUUCCCACCGGAACCUACCUCGUCACCGUCCAGCACCCGCUUCCUCCCCGUCCCCCGGCCGAUGCCUUCCCCGACCCGGAUCCAGACGACUACCACCCCGAGAAUAUACCCGGGGUCAUUCUCCCCGGCAAACACGAUCGCAUCACGCUGAACGAGGGCCGUCGGCGAAUCAAGCUCAAGGUCAUGAGUAAGGGCGAUCGGCCAAUUCAGGUCGGAUCGCACUACCACUUCAUCGAGGUGAACCCUCAGCUGCAUUUCGAUCGUCUGCGCGCAUAUGGCUUCCGCUUGGAUAUUCCGGCGGGGACCUCCGUGCGGUUCGAGCCGGGUGACACCAAGACCGUCACUCUCGUCGAGAUCGGUGGCCACCAGAUCAUCCGCGGCGGCAAUCGUAUCGCCUCCGGCAAGGUCGACAUCAGUCGCGCCGAGGAGAUCAUGGAACGCCUGCAGGUCCAAGGAUUCGCCCAUGUCCCCGAGCCCACGGCGGAUGCGGCCCUGGUGUCCGCGUACAGCAUGGAGCGCGAAGCCUACGCGCGCAUGUUCGGCCCACGACCGAAGGACCAUACGAACUACGGCGACGAGUGCAGCUUUGGCGGCGGUAAGAGUCUUCGCGAAGGGAUGGGCCAGGCGUCCGGUCGGUCCUAUGCGGAGUGUCUGGACACCGUCAUCACGAACGCGCUCAUCAUUGAUUGGUCCGGCAUCUACAAGGCGGAUAUCGGCGUUCGCGACGGUAUCAUCGUCGGCAUCGGCAAGGCGGGCAACCCCGACGUGAUGUCCGGCGUCGACCCCGGCAUGGUGGUUGGGUCCUCGACGGACGUGAUCGCGGGCGAGAACAAAAUCGUGACUUACGGCGGCUUCGACACCCACAUCCACUUCAUCUGCCCGCAGCAGGCCGAAGAGGCGCUCGCCUCGGGGGUCACAUCAUUCCUCGGCGGCGGCACAGGGCCGUCGACCGGCUCCAACGCGACCACCUGCACCCCGGGGCCCGUCCACAUGCGCCAGAUGAUCCAAGCCUGCGACAGCCUGCCGCUCAACAUCGGCAUCACCGGCAAAGGAAACGACUGCGGCGAGAAGAGCAUCGAGGAGCAGAUCGUCGCUGGCGCCGCGGGACUGAAGCUGCACGAGGAUUGGGGCUCGACGCCAGCCGCGAUCGACACCUGCCUAGAAGUCUGCGACAAGUUCGACGUGCAAUGCAUGAUUCACACCGACACGCUCAACGAGUCCGGCUUCGUAGAGCAGACCAUUGAGUCCUUCAAGAACCGCACCAUCCACACCUACCACACAGAGGGCGCCGGCGGCGGCCACGCCCCGGACAUCAUCUCCGUCGUCGAGCACCCGAACGUGCUCCCCAGCAGCACGAACCCCACCCGCCCGUUCACCAUGAACACCCUCGACGAGCACCUCGACAUGCUAAUGGUCUGCCACCACCUAUCGAAAAACAUCGCCGAGGACGUCGCCUUCGCCGAGAGCCGCAUCCGUGCGGAAACCAUCGCGGCCGAAGACGUGCUGCACGACCUCGGCGCAAUCAGCAUGAUGUCCUCGGACUCGCAGGCCAUGGGCCGCUGUGGCGAGGUCAUCCUGCGCACGUGGAACACCGCACACAAGAACAAGGAGCAGCGCGGUCCGCUCAAGGAAGACGAGGGCACGGGCGCGGACAACUUCCGCGUCAAGCGGUAUAUCAGCAAGUACACAAUCAACCCGGCCAUCGCGCAGGGCAUGUCCCAUUUGAUUGGGAGUGUUGAAGUCGGCAAGUUGGCGGAUUUGGUACUUUGGUAUCCUAAUUCUUUUGGAACCAAGCCGUUCCAAGUGUUAAAGAGUGGAAUGGUUGCUGCUUCUCAUAUGGGCGACCCCAACGGCUCCAUCCCCACCGUUCAGCCAGUAAUCAUGCGACCCCAAUUCGCCACCCUCCUUCCCUCAACCUCAGUAAUGUGGGUCUCCCAAGCCUCCAUCGACAGCGGCACGGUGCAAAAAUACAACAUCAAGAAGCGCAUCGAAGCGGUCAAGAACUGCCGCUCGGUCGGCAAAGCAGACAUGAAGCACAACGACGCGAUGCCCAAGAUGAAGGUCGAUCCGGAGAGUUAUACCGUGGAGGCGGAUGGGAUGUUGUGCGAUGCGCAGCCGGCGACGGUGUUGCCGUUGACGCAGGAUUAUUUUGUCUAUUAACUUCUCUUUCUCUUUGUUUUUUGGCAUGUUUUGUGUUGUUUUGAGGUAGAGAUGGAUACUUAUACGUGUUGUAUAGGAUGUUGGGCUGUUGUUUGAGUGGACUGUGAGGAGGAGAAGGACAUGUGUGUGUUGAGUAAAUUGGUUGGUUAGUCGGUCACGCUUUUGAUACCCUUCUCUCGGUAUUCAUUGCUGGGUUUAUAUAUUUCUUUUAUUCAAUUAUUUCAUUUGUUCUAUAUACAGGUUAUAGUUAAACCU